AUGGAAGAAUCAAGGAAUGCACCAGGGGAAGAUAGAAUCAGUAGGUUACCUGAUGGACUUAUUCACCAUAUUCUGUCUUUCAAUGAUACUAAAUAUGUUGUUCAGACUAGUGUGUUGUCGAAACGAUGGAUUCAUAUUUGGAAAUCUCUACCUGUUCUAGAAUUCAAUAGGAGUUUGUUUUCUCAUGAGAAUACUAAGAAAUUCAUAGAAUUUGUUUACAUGGUAUUCAUGUUUCGUGAUGACACCGAUCUUCAGAAGUUUAGUCUGGAUUGGGACUCUGAGUAUGAUAAUACAGUUAUUAUGAAUGUUAAUAGAUGGAGUCUUUUUGCCGUCAAGUAUAAUGUUCAAGAAAUAAGUAUAGUAAUUGAGGAAUUGCUGCUGAAUUCCAGAACUCUGAUAAAGCUGGAAAUACAAGUAUUCGACACUGACGAAUAUGUAGAUAUAAUUCUACCAAGAUCUAUGAAUUCACCACGGCUUAAAGAACUGUUCAUAUAUCGAUCAUCAGUCUCUAACCUAGAAUUAUCUAAAAGAUUCUUUUCAAGUUGUCCAGUUCUUGAAAAGUUAUUCAUAUCUGGUUGUGAUUAUCUAAGGAAUUUGAAUUUGAUUGUUGAUUCUCAAAGCCUUACGAAAGUUCAUUUAAAAAUUUAUUCUCCACCGUCCUGGAUAAGUUUUAACAUGAUACUAAGAGAAAAAGAAGAAGAUGAGAAUGCAAAAACAUAUUCGAAGCUGCCUUCAAAAGAAAUUGAUGUGUAUGCUAAACGUUUGACCAAUUUAUUGGACGCUGGAGAUGACUGGGAAGUAGGAUUGUCAUUCCCGGGAAUGUUGUCUCACCUUGAGCAUUUCGAGUUCAUAUAUGCGGAAGGAUCUGAUGCUGAGUUCAAAAUUCUGAGUUUUUUGUUGCAAAAUGAAAUGGUUUUGAAGAAAAUUGGUGUAACAUUUCGUUCUAGUGUUGCCCAGCGUGAUAGAAAGAGACACGUUAAGCGAUUCUCAGAUAAGAUUAGAGCAGGUCGUAAAGCGUCUUCAAGUAUCCAACUCGCAUAUAAUUUAAAACUUAGUUGGUAG